ACAUUCCUCUUGAGACCACCUUGAAUCGCCAACUCGACCGAUUGCAGCAACAUCAGCGGCAAUUGGCGGAAACAAUCAUUUCAUUGGAACCAGAACAUCAACAAACAGCGCGAUCAUCAUCCCACCAGUAAGACACAUCAUCGUUCGCUUUAUCGCGAACCCAACUCCACACGCAGCGCGGACGCGAUAGAAGAGAAUGCAGAAUCAGCAUCAACGAUAACGGGACACCGAGUGCACGCUUUCGAUUCCCAGAAAAUAGUAUCUUUGUAUAAACUAAGAAAUCGGCAGGCCUCUGUAUAAGGAAAUGAAAUAAAGUUAGUCUAGAUUUAGCGACCAUCGAAAACGGUUUGACAUUUUUAGUUUUUAAAAACUCCGAAGUUCAUGGAGGGAACUUAACUGGCGCAGUCUUUGUGGAUUAGUUAAACGCGUUCCGCGAGUGAUUAAUGUGAGAAAAAACCGGCGUAUUCCAUCGAAAGGACAUCGAAGGAAAAAGCAUCAUCAAGAGGAUAUUGAUGAUUUGAGGACCUCCAACAGAAGCACCCGGAAUCAGCGUUGAACCUACACUAUCGAGGGGACAUCGAUAAAUAAAUUAGGCACACGACCCGGUAAAAUUCUGGAAAAUCAACAAGGACCACACAAUAUCCAUUAUACAUUCAUUAUAUAACCACACAAUAUUCAUUAUACACAUCUCAUAAAAAACAGAAGAAUUGUUUUGAAACGCGUAACCUGCGACUAACAUAUGAAAAAUAGAGAACAGAACAAUUUUUCAAAAUUGAAUAAAAUAAAAUUAAAUAACUUAACAAACACACUAAUAUUUCAUUUUUUUUGCAGGUAUUCUUAUUCAUCAGAAAAAAUUGUGUAAAGGGGAGAGAAAAUAAAGUAAAUAAAUAAUAAUAAAUUCAAACAGAAAGGUAAUAAAAAAAAAAAUAAGUAUGUAAUAUUCCUCAGAUACAGUAUUUUAUAUAAAAUUCACGAAAUUUGUCAACAAGAAAAUAUCUCGAAUUCAUGCAAUUUCAAAAUUAUACUUUUUCUAAAGCAACAACUAUAUUGAUAAUAACAUUUACUAACAUUUAUCUUAAGUGAAUAAAAUACAUUGUAAUUUUAUUUCUUCAAAUUCCUCAUAUCAAAACAAAACAAAAAAAAACACAACUCUUUAUAUUACUAUCUGAUCAAAUGUAUAGGAAAAUGUUACGGAAUAUACUGAUAGCAUGGCUGACAGCUCUCACCCAAAUACACAGUGAUCCAAUUUUAAAUAUCGUGGAUCUUGGAAAUAACCCAAUAGUGUUAAUCAAACAAAUUAAUUGCAAAAUACAGACUGGAACAAUAAACAUUAUACAUCCAAUCAACUUAGAUCAAAUUGAGGAAAGCGCAGAACUUGUAACAGCAAAAUUUUAUGCUCAACUAACAUUAACUAACCCAUUGCACGAAGUUAUAAAAUUCCGAAUCAAAAAGCUGUACUCGUCCCUCUACGCAUUAAAACCACAAAAAGCGCACCGACAAAAGAGAUGGGAUACAAUAGGCACCGCGUGGAAAUGGAUCGCCGGUUCACCUGAUGCACAGGACCUGAGAAUAAUCAAUUCAUCCAUGAAUGACCUCACCAAUCAGAAUAAUCAACAAUAUCAAAUCAACGAAAAUAUCAACAACCGAAUUACCCAACUGACACAGGCGAUUAAUCAAAUAGCUAGUUCAAUAAAUAACAGUACGAAAGAAUUGGAUAUUUUACAAGCAGUUACCACGAUGUUGAACGUUGAUAUUGUCAAUGAACUUUUAGAUAACAUUCAAGAAGCAAUCGCACUCACCAGAAUUUCUGUCAUCAAUAACAAAAUUCUAACAACACGUGAAAUAAAUGUGAUCAAAUCUGCUCUUCAGGACCAAGGAGUAGAAAUCAACUUUCCGGACGAAGCGCUACAAUUUGUCACACCCAAAAUUGCCGUCAAUAAUGGAGACUUACUGUGCAUUCUGCACGUUCCCGAAUUGGAAAACUCUACAUCUACAAUUACAAGAAUUUUUCCGCUCAUCGUAAACGAUCAAGUUAUCAAAACCUACCCAAGCCACGUAAUACGACAUGGGCCGAAACUCUUCAAAACCAGUAAACCUGAAGAUUUUGUACAAAGAUCAUCCUACAUUGACGAAAUCGAAGAUGACUGUAUCAAACCAAUCAUACUCGGAAAGGAGUCUCGCUGCAUCUCAAUUUUCAAGAAUGACACAAUACAGCAGUUGAUCAACGAAAACACUAUAUUAAUCUCAAACGCCCGAAACCAGACACUCAAAUCCAACUGUGGACCCGAUGAUAGAACUAUCACCGGAAAUUUCAUAAUCAAAUUCGCAAAUUGUACAGUCAAGUUCAACGGUCAUAAGUUUCAAAAUUCAGAAAUAAUCGGUGAAACCGAAGUUCUGUACGGAGCACUUUAUAACACUCUAAUUCACUGGACAUUACAAAAAGAGCAUGACAUUACAGAAAUACGCGACACAGCGAUUAUCAACAGACAGAAAUUAGAUCACAUUCAUUUACGACAGAAUAGUCUUCGUUUCAGUCUAUGGACAACAUUCGGAGGAAUUUCUUUGUCAAUAGUGAUUUGCUUCAUAGCCGUAAUUCUUUGUAUAAAGAAUAUUAACAUUUGCCCAGUAUUAAAACUUGGAAGAUCAAAAUUAAACAUCGAUCCGAGACGGCUCGAACUAAAGGAGGGAGAAGUUAACAUUCCUCUUGAGACCACCUUGAAUCGCCAACUCGACCGAUUGCAGCAACAUCAGCGGCAAUUGGCGGAAACAAUCAUUUCAUUGGAACCAGAACAUCAACAAACAGCGCGAUCAUCAUCCCACCAGUAAGACACAUCAUCGUUCGCUUUAUCGCGAACCCAACUCCACAUGCAGCGCGGACGCGAUAGAAGAGAAUGCAGAAUCAGCAUCAACGAUAACGGGACACCGAGUGCACGCUUUCGAUUCCCAGAAAAUAGUAUCUUUGUAUAAACUAAGAAAUCGGCAGGCCUCUGUAUAAGGAAAUGAAAUAAAGUUAGUCUAGAUUUAGCGACCAUCGAAAACGGUUUGACAUUUUUAGUUUUUAAAAACUCCGAAGUUCA